AUGACUUCACAUCGAUAUGAACCCGUAAAUACUCGCAGCGAAGACGACGCUGUAUCUUCUCAAGCCACACAGCAGCAGCCUAUCCCGUCAUCCCCUCCACCCUCCUUUCAUUCGCGGACACCAUCCCCAGCAUCUCGCCGCGUGCUAUCCCAGGACCCUCUACACUCAGACGCAGAUCGAACACUGGCCGAUGCCUUUGGGGAUGAUGACGGACACACUGAUGACGAAGAAGGGGCCGAUGACAGACAGCGGUUGAUGAGGGGGAGCCCUGCCAACACGACGCCAGACAUCGACCCGUCAGAAGCGCCAGCAGGGAGCAACAGUGCUCAACCAGCAGCAGGACGACCCAACGCCUCAGCAUCUCGAGUAAUCCGAGGCACCAACGAUGGAGUGUUUGCGAAUCUGUCAGCCAAGCCAGAGCGAGGAGGCGAGAAACUCGACGAUCUACCACCAACAUAUGAACAAGCGGCGGCAGAUGCUGCUCCUCCGUACUGGGAGACCACCAUCGUGGCUCCUGGCAUGUCGUCGGACGAGGUUUACGUUGAAGGCCUCCCCGUCGGCUCCGUCUUUUCGUUUGCCUGGAACGGCAUGAUCUCGACCUCGUUUCAGCUCGUCGGCUUCCUUCUCACCUACCUCCUACACACCACUCACGCAGCCAAGAAUGGAAGCAGAGCCGGCCUCGGUCUUACCAUGGUACAGUACGGCUUCUACAUGAGAAACACAGACGGCUACAGCCCUCCCGACUCGGACACCGGAGGUGACGGAUACGUCAACCCACCAGACCCAAACAGCCACGACUUCAACCCUAGUGCCGUCGAUGGCUCCAGCGAAUCAGGGUCAUCAUUUCAUGGCCUCACCACCAGCGACUGGCUCUCCUAUAUCCUCAUGGUUGUUGGCUGGUUCAUCCUUAUCCGUGCUAUCAGCGACUAUCUCAGGGCACGAAGACAUGAACAGUUAAUCCUCCAAAGCCCUAACCGUGGCCUCCCCGUCCCUAUCAUUGCCGAGAACGAACGGUCAGAGACUGCAGUAUAA